CGACCCCAUCCCCAACGUGGUGGAGCUGUGGCAAGCUGAGGAAGGGGAACUUCUGCUGCCCACUCAGGUUGACUCUGAGGAGGAUGUGGAGGAACAUCCACAAGAGCAAAGCUUCUCAGCAAAGAUGCCACCUAAUGGGAAGGCCUUGCAUUUCCACCCAUCAGUUUUGCAUUUUGGAAUGCAGUUACUGGGGCUGCCCAGAGCUAAAAUGCUAUACGCUUACAACCCUAGUAGGGAUAGAGAAAUUGUAGUGAAUUCAGUGUUUACAGCUACUAGACAAUUUCACGUGUCUCCUGUUCAUAGCAGGGUGAUUCCAGCAAUGGGAAAAAUUUCUUUCAAAGUCCUCUUUCUGCCAACAGAAGAAGGCAGUAUUGAAAGUUCAUUAUUUAUUAAUACCUCGUCUCAUGGAGUACUUUCAUAUCAGGUGUGUGGAAUGGGAACCUUGAAAACUUCUCCAGAAGAAUCUAGAGGACAGCUAUCAAAUGCUUUUUUACUGAUUCCACAUAUCCAGAAUAUCCAGAUUUCACAAACCCUGGCAGAAACCACAAAUGCCAGUCUCUUACAAGUUCAGCUUGAAUGCAGAUUGCCUACCAGUGUGUACCAACAGCUAAAGAGUUGCUGUUUUGUGUCUGAUGAUCCAAUGCUGCUAGAAAUGAGCUUAAGAGUAAGAAUAGAAAAUGCCCAGCAAAGACUUGUGGACCACAGACAGUACUUGCUGGAGAAUGUUUUUGUAGUUUAUGUAGCAAUGGGCAAAACUGAAACCUCAGAAGAUUCCACAGUAAAAGUGUACAUAAUGCAUUCAGGGAACAGCCUUUUACAUAUACAGGAUGUACAGCAUUUCUCCCCAAAAGAUGCAUCAUACGUGCAGUUUGAGCCCGUACUGCUGCUUACUUCUGUCACAGAUUUUACAGAAGUUGCUUCUGUUGUUUGUAAAGCUAUGUCAUGUGACAAUGGAAGUCACUAUGCUGGUGAUGCGAACAUGAGUCCAUUGGAAGGCACAACACUAAAAGCAUGCCUUUCCCAUCCUGUAGUUGAAGGGUAUUUUGACCUUGAUCCUUCUGCAGCAUUAUUUCACAUAGAGCCACAUCAUAAUACUUCAGGAGUUUGGUCAAUAUGGUUUACAAACAAUUUUGACUUCAGCAUUGAAGUAAAUGAUGUCUUUGUAGCCAGAGAAACUAAGAACAUUUUAAAGAUUCUGAACUUUGCGGAACCCUCCACUCUACCUCCAGGCUGUUGGAAUGUAUUUUCUUUGAAACUCAGUGUGAAAGAUAGUGUCAUAAAUAUAUCUUCCAGUGUAAUUUUGGCUACAAAUAUAGGACUGAUGUUUGCAAUACCUCUUCAGAUUUACUCAACUCUUUUCAAGCAGGGCGAUUUUCAUUUUGAAGCCAUAGCACAUUGUGAUGUACAUUAUUACCUGGGAAAGUCUGAUACAGCAAAUCUACAUUGGCAAAGGAGUCUGUCUCUGGACCAUUCCACAUGGAAUGUGGAUUCUGAGCUUGCAAGUGAAGUGUAUGAAAGAUGGGAGAAAAUGAAACAUGGAGAAACAUGCAGGAGGAAUUUUUGGGGCAUGACUCACUUUGCCCACCAGAAGAAACCUGAAGAAGAGUCAUUUUCUUUCUUCUUGCCACGUUUGAUGGCAGAGCCUGGCCUUACUUUGAAUUUCAGUGCCACUGCACUUAAGAAUAGUAUGGUAAAAUAUUUUAUGCUAAGAAACCCCUCGUCCUUCCCAGUUAUGUUGCAACUUCUGCCUCUUUCUUACUAUCCUGAUCCCCAAGCUUCACUGAGUCUGCUCAGCAAAUGGUUUGGCAUAAGUAUGCAAGCUAUUAAUUACACAACCACUGAAUUCAGGCUCUUGGAUGAAUGUCCACACAGGGAUAUACAUCAGGAGGAGGUUGCCAACAAGAAAUCCAGUUCUGAGGUGCUUCAUUUACAUUUGCAACCACUGGAAACUAAAAGAGUUGGUGUGGUUUUUACACCAGUUGAUUAUAAAAGAGUAGCCUCUCUUAUACUCAUCAGAAAUAACUUAACUGUCCUGGAUGUGGUCAGUGUAGAAGGCUUUGGAGCCAGAGAAUUACUGAAAGUAGGUGGGAGGCUACCUGGUGCAGGAGGAUCACUCCGAUUUAAGGUACCAGAAGCUACACUUAUGGACUGCAGACGACAACUAAAAGAAAGCAAGCAAAUUUUAUCUAUUACAAAGAAUUUCAAAGUGGAGAAUAUUGGGCCUCUUCCCAUAACUAUAUCAUCUAUGAAGAUAAAUGGAUACAGUUGCCAAGGAUAUGGGUUUGAAGUGUUACAUUGCCAAGAAUUUUUCCUAGCCCAAAACUCUUCUCGGGAGAUCAGCAUUGUGUUUACCCCUGAUUUUACUUCUUCAUGGGUAAUCCGGGAAUUUACUUUGGUGACUACUGCUGGUUUAGAGUUCCACUUCACACUCAAUGUGACCCUUCCUCACCAUUUGUUACCCUUGUGUGCAGACGUGGUGCCAGGACCCAGCUGGGAGGAAUCUUUCUGGAGGCUCACAGUUCUCUUUGUUAGUUUGUCGCUGCUGGGUGUGAUUCUAAUAGCCUUCCAACAAGCACAGUAUAUUCUUGCAGAGUUCAUGAAAUCAAGACAGAGGCCAAACCCGAGUCCUUCGGCACAGCAGAACAGCAAUCCUGUUGACAUAAUCAGCUCUGAUUCCUACAAGGGCAGCUGCAAAACAUUUAUAGAUUCAUAUAACUCCUCUGAUAAAGGCAAAGGGAAGAGUUUCCUUUCUGUGAGCACUCCAUCCAACCGAAGUCAGAAUGCUGCAAAGAGGAGUCCAGCAACGUACAGCCACUCUCAGAAAAAACACAAAUGUUCAGUUUACUAUAGUAAACAAAAAGCAAGCACAACACCUGGCAGUGUCAUCACAACUACUGAUGAAAAACAGAAUCAGACUGUAGAGAACCAAAUCUCACUACCAAAAGAGAACGUUUGUACUGAUAUUGUUGGUGAGAACUGGGUAACCCUAAAAUAUGCAAAUGGCAUAAAUAUAAACAUGCAAAAAAAUUUAACUCUUUCAGGAAACUUUCUAGAUAAAGAAGAAAGUGCACUGAAAAAUAAAGUUCUCAUGAAAAAUACUUCUUCAGAGUGUGAUUUGAAGGAGGAUGUUGAAACAUGUAUGUUUCCUAAGGAAACUAACCUUAAAAUUUCAGAAAAAAUAACUGAGCUUAAAGAACAGGAGUUCUGUCCUGUGAAGACAUCUAAGAAGCUACCUGAAAGUCACUUGUCAAGAAAUUCACCUCAACAGCAACCAGAAUUGCAAGAAGUUUCCAGGAAAAAUAAUGGAAACAACCAGCAAGUGCCUCUCAGGAAUGAAAUAGAAAACUGUGAGACUUUGAAAAAACAGAUUAACACAAAGCCUUCCACUGAGAAAAAGAUUAGUAAAGGACCCAAGGAAGAAAUUCCCUGCUGUGGAAAACAGGAACUUGCGUCAGUUGAGCAAGAAGAUGCUUACAGAAAGAAGAAAUCUCAGGAGAAAAAAGAAGGAAGUUUGACAAAUAUGAAUUGGAAUAGAAAUAGAACAUCUAGAAGAAACAAGAAAAAGAUUGGCAGUUUAUCUACAAGGGUUCCUGAACAGAGUGAAAUGAAACAUAUGUGCAGUGAAUUUGAAAGGCCUGAACUGAGAACUAAUAUUGGCAUAAGAAACUGUUGUGCUCAGGACAAUGGGGAAAUGUUUAAAGCUGACCAGAAAGGUGGAAGUUUGUCUACGCAGGGAGAAACAGAAAACUUUUAUCAACGAUCAAAGAAGUGUUUGGAAAAGUUUUGUUCUGAUUCAAGUUCUGACUGUGGCAGUUCCUCGGGAAGCGUACGUGCCAGUCGCGGGAGCUGGGGCAGCUGGAGUAGCACCAGCAGCUCUGACGGAGAUAGAAAACCUAUAAUGACACCCAGGCAUUUUCUUCCAUCAAGGGAGACUAUUUCACAAAAUGAUUUUCCAACUGAAACUCCCAUCACUUUAAAUCUGUCUCAUAACAUCUGCAAUACCAGCAGAGACAUAAAUACCAUCCCCCAGUAUCCAGAAACCCUGUGUCCCAACUUCACUGACAUGACUGCAGAUCCCGACAAGAAUAAAGGCCUGUAUCCAGCAGGAGACUUGUGGCCUGCUCAACCAGUCUGUCUGACAAAUAGCUUAAAUUAUAACCUUGAAAACAACAUACCAUGCAUGAUCCAGGAAUCCCCUUCUGUUCACAACAGUUUCAUUGAUUGGAAUGCAGCUUGUGAUGGCCAGUUUACCAAUAUGUAUUGUCCAGUAGAGAUGAAUGAGUACAAUGCUUUUCCAGAAGAAAACAUGAAUUAUGCCAGUGGCUUCCCAUGUACUGCAGAAGUACAAAAUACAGCCUUCCUUGAUCACAGCUGUCAGUCUACCUGGAGUGCCCCACCCAACAUGCCUCCUACCUGGGAGCCAGCUAGUUAUGUCAACUCCUCACCCUACCUCUCAAGCACCAGAAGCUUGUCCCCAAUGUCUGGACUUUUUGGUUCCAUCUGGGCACCUCAGAGUGAUGUCUAUGAAAACUGCUGCCCACUCAGUGCCACCACCCAACACUCAACCCAUGUUGAGAACCAGGCAGUUAUGUGUAAGCAGGAAUAUUAUCCGAGAUUUAACCCAUUCCGUGCCUAUAUGAACUUGGACAUAUGGACUACAGCAGCCAAUCGGAAUGCAAAUUUUCCACUUUCUAGGGACUCGGGUUACUGUGGAAAUGUGUGAAAGGAAUUUGACUUAAAAUCUUUUCAUCAGCCAGCAUAUUCCUGGUUUUCUUGUGAUGUUGCUGGUAUGAGAAGAGACUCUUUGGAUCCUAAGACACGAGACUGAUACAGAAUGCAGGAGUAAGAAAGGCCGGUACUGAAGCCAAUUGAUAUCUCUCAGUAAGGAAGUAAUGCCAAGAAGCCUGGAGUAACAUCAGUCCCCUUUAUCUUGGACUCUUUUUUUUUUUUUUUUUUUAAAAGACACAGACAUGGUCUCUCCCACAAAGAAUGUAACGAUAUCC